UAACAGCGGGCGGCCGCUGAGUCCUCCCUGGAACCGGCCGGCGGCGGAGCUCGGAGGCGACAUGAGGCCAGAACCCAGCCGCUCUUUGUGACAGGAGGUCUGAAUAGUUCUUAUUAAUCCGAAACCAUGGUGCAGAAAUAUCAGUCCCCUGUGCGAGUGUAUAAACACCCCUUUGAGUUAAUUAUGGCUGCGUAUGAAAGAAGAUUUCCUACAUGUCCUCUAAUCCCAAUGUUUGUAGCUAGUGACACUGUGAAUGAAUUCAAGAGUGAGGAUGGAGCUAUCCAUGUGAUAGAAAGGCGCUGUAAACUGGAUAUAGAUGCACCCCGGUUAUUGAAAAAGAUUGCAGGAGUAGAUUAUGUUUACUUUGUCCAGAAGAACUCCUUGAACAGACAAGAUCGGACUUUGCACAUAGAGGCCUACAAUGAAACCUUUUCUAACAGAGUCAUCAUUAAUGAGCACUGCUGUUACACAGUUCACCCUGACAAUGAAGAUUGGACCUGUUUUGAACAGUCAGCAAGCCUGGACAUCAAGUCUUUCUUUGGCUUUGAAAGCACAGUGGAAAAGAUUGCCAUGAAACAGUACACCAGCAAUAUUAAAAAGGGGAAGGAAAUAAUAGAGUAUUACCUGAAGCAGAUGGAGGAAGAAGGGAUAAUGUUUGUUCCUCGUUGGACUCCUCCAAUUAUGUAUAAGCUGGAGAACAGCACAUCUCGCCUAGCACGGCCAGUUUCUCCUGCUAUCAACAUACCAGAUACUGCCACAAAGGAGGGACUGAACAAUAAGGAAGUGCUCAACACCUCCAGCAGCCCAUCAGAGCCCACAGCAGGAACACCUGAUGACAAACUCGAUGCAGACUACAUCAAGCGGUACCUGGGUGACUUGACACCAUUGCAGGAAAGCUGCCUCAUCCGACUUCGACAAUGGCUCCAGGAAACACAUAAGGGCAAAAUCCCAAAGGAUGAACAUAUUUUACGAUUCUUGCGUGCCCGGGACUUCAAUAUUGACAAAGCCAGAGAGAUUCUUUGCCAGUCACUAACAUGGCGUAAACAGCACCAGGUGGACUAUAUUCUGGAUACCUGGAACCCUCCACAAGUACUUCAAGAUUAUUAUGCAGGAGGUUGGCAUCACCAUGACAAAGAUGGGCGCCCUCUGUAUGUGUUGAGGUUGGGACAGAUGGAUACCAAAGGCUUAGUGCGAGCUCUUGGGGAAGAAGCCUUACUUCGAUAUGUUCUUUCUAUAAAUGAAGAAGGACUGAGGCGAUGUGAAGAGAAUACAAAAGUAUUUGGCAGGCCUAUAAGCUCUUGGACCUGUCUGGUGGAUUUGGAGGGCUUGAAUAUGCGACAUUUAUGGAGACCUGGUGUCAAAGCAUUACUAAGAAUCAUUGAAGUGGUUGAAGCCAAUUAUCCUGAAACAUUGGGUCGCCUUCUUAUCCUGAGAGCACCCAGAGUAUUUCCAGUCCUCUGGACACUGGUUAGUCCAUUCAUUGAUGACAACACCAGAAAGAAAUUUCUUAUUUAUGCAGGAAAUGACUACCAAGGACCUGGAGGGCUACUGGAUUACAUUGAUAAAGAAAUUAUCCCAGAUUUCCUUAGUGGGGAGUGCAUGUGUGACGUUCCCGAGGGUGGGCUAGUUCCAAAGUCUCUGUACCGGACUGCAGAAGAGUUGGAAAAUGAAGACAUAAAACUGUGGACUGAAACUAUCUAUCAGUCUGCAAGUGUCUUCAAGGGAGCUCCACACGAGAUUUUCAUUCAGAUUGUGGAUGCCUCAUCUGUGAUCACAUGGGAUUUUGAUGUGUGCAAAGGCGACAUUGUUUUUAACAUCUAUCACUCCAAACGAGUGCCACAGCCUCCUAAAAAGGACUCUCUGGGCACCCACAGCAUUACAUCUCCUGGGGGGAACAACGUACAGCUCAUAGAUAAAGUCUGGCAGUUAGGGCGUGAUUACAGUAUGGUGGAGUCCCCACUUAUCUGCAAGGAAGGGGAGAGUGUGCAGCCGGAUGUGACAGGAGGAGAAGACCUGGGCAUAUUGGUUGAUCACAGGAUGACUUUGAGCUGCCAAUAUUUGGAUACAUCAGGCGAGGGGUCUCAUGUGACCAGAUGGCCUGGCUUCUAUAUUCUUCAAUGGAAAUUUCACAGCAUGCCUGCCUGUGCCACAACCAGUCUGCCUCGUGUGGAUGAUGUACUGGCAUCUCUACAGGUCUCCUCUCAUAAGUGCAAAGUGAUGUACUAUACAGAAGUGAUAGGAUCAGAAGAUUUCAGAGGAUCUAUGACCAGCCUUGAAUCAAGCCACAGUGGAUUCUCCCAGCUCAGCGCUGCCACAACCUCUUCCAGCCAGUCCCACUCCAGCUCCAUGAUUUCCAGGUAGUGCCACAGCAAAUGAAAAGCAAAUGGAUGACAUGGCUGGAUCCUCAUCUGUGGCAGCUGACUGCAAUACAGCAUAUUCAAGUGGCAUUUGCAAAAAACAAAACCCUUUUAUAGAUAAAGUAGCUGUUUGAAUUUUAAACGUAGUGUUUCUGUUCUGAUAGCUAGUCUCUUUAACUUUAACCCUAGCCCCUAUCUCAGCCAUAGAUUUUUGUAAGCAUGCUUGCACGAAUCCUAACUGUAAAAUACAAGGGCUUUCUUGGAAGAAAAAGAGUAAUCGAUGUGUUGAUUAAGAAUUAUUUUUUAAAAAAUGGCCCGUUAGGUGAUAAAAAGCAAAAACAAUCCUACCAAAAAUAUAUUCCAUAGUGCUUUAGAAAGCAAACACAAGCUCUUGCCUUCUCGCCACAUCAUGGAAUACCCUGGCUUCGUCCAGCUGCUGCAAGCUCUCCUGCCACUGCCACUCACUUGCACUGCUGUUCAAGAGACGAAGGAAAGCAGUUCCUGGCUAUUGGCCUGUGCACAUGGAAAGUCAUUACAGCAGAGUUACGGGCAAGCCAUUAACACUAAUACCUUUUGCAUGAGCACAUUGUUGGGGGGGUCCCAACUCUUUAGGAUUUCUCUGACCAUUUAGGAUACAUCUUUACGUCGAUUAAAAACCCCACGGCUGGUCCAGACUCUCUCUCCAGGGCUGAAAAAUUGCUGUGUAGACAUCUGGGCUAGAGCCUGAGCUCUGGGACUCAAGCCCACGUCCACUGAUCUGAGCUAGUUGAGGUUUUUUUAUCCCUGCGUAGGCAUACUCUUAGGGGCUAAAAAUAAAUGUAGCCCUUUUCCUUGAACUUACUUUUUAAGCACUGAUGGUGGGGAGGAGAGCAGGCUCUCCCUCACCAUGACCCAAAGGCUGGUCCAGAUUGGGUCCUUGGUUUAUUUCUCACUUCAUUCUGGAGUCACCUUUUACCCACUCCACUUACCUGCUACACUCCACAAGCACUCAUUUUACUGGGAUUUGCUUUAUGCUAGGAGUGUAGAUGAACAUGUUCCUCACAGCAGAAUUAGGCUUGCUCCUUAAAUCAGUCAGGAGGCAGUGUGGCUACAGCAGUUAACCUUUCCUGCACUUGCUCUGCCUCAAAUUCUGGCCUCAGGUACACUAGGAAAAAGCAGAACUUUCCAGCUUCGAUUGGUGGUAAAUAAUGUAAACUGCUUUCAUUGUUGCAAUCACCAGUGGUGAAGUUCUUGUCUGGGUUAUCUUUUUCCACUCUAUUACAUAGGUCCCCAGCUGUCCUGCGUGCUUGGGGACUCACCUGAUGUCAGUUCAGGUUCUUUACCUCAAAGCAAUUAACUACUGAAUCUCCCAAGGCACACAGAAGAUGUAAAUGUUGAGUAAACACUUUUUUGAUAAGUGAGCUAAAAACACAGCAUUCAGAACAUUAAUAUUUGAUGUGCCACCUGGCAUUACACUGCAGUACAAGAGAUUACAGCUUGGAACCCAGCACAAGUUGCUUAUUUAGACCACUGGUCGAAAGCCUUUCCCCUGCUAGAAAACUAAAUUCUCCAUCCAGCUAGAAUAAGUUGCUGUAUUGCUACAGCCCUUAAUAGCAAGCUGGAUAGGAUCUUAGAAGGGCUGCAAUAGCCUUGUUUUUGCUCAUGGGGAAACAUUUGCUGGAGUAUUGCAUGUUAGGGAUUUACUUAAGAUAACAAGCUGCCCUGUUGGAAGAAAGCUGAGCCCUGAGAAAUUCUGAGUAAACAUUUUAAAAUGCCCAGCAUUUGUACAUCCCGGUUUGUGGAAAAAACAAACUGACGUGCAGCAUGUGAAGCACAACACUUGCAAGCCAAUGCCGGCAUGCAGUGUUGCUAACAAAGACGAACAAAGCUCAGUAUUAA